AUGGCCGAUUCGCGACAACACAUCGCCGGAGUGGAAGAUUCUGAAUUGAGCAUUGUCAGAUUCGAAGGCCCUGACGAUCUACACAACCCUCGGAAUUGGCCCACCUCAAGGAAGCUCCUAUACACGAUACUAUGCGGCCUUACAACUAUGGGGGCGACUUGGUCAAGCGCCAUAUACUCGACCGCGGUGAAGGAAGUGGCAUUGGAGUUCCGCGUUGAGCGCGACGUGGCUAAUUUAGGUACCAGUUUGUUUUUGAUGGGCUUCGGAGUUGGCCCUUUGCUCUGGUCUCCGCUGAUGGCAAGAUUUCUAGCCGGAUUCUUUGGGAGCUCGCCAAUCUCCGUGACUGGGGGCAUUCUUGCCGACCUAUUCGAGGCUCAGUAUAGAGGACCAGCGCUAGUUACCUAUGCUGCGGCUGUUGUUGGCGGGCCCGUAUUCGCUCCCAUAGCAGGCAGUGCCAUGAUGCAAUCUGGACUUAAUUGGCGGUGGACGCAGUAUGUGACGGCCAUCUACAUGGCCGUCGUGCUCACGUUGGAUGGGCUUUUCCUCCAUGAGACAUUCUCAUCCACAAUACUAAUCGAAAAGGCUCGGAAAAGGCGAUUUGAAACUAAUGACUGGGCGCUACAUUCAAAACACGAGGAACGAUGUCCUGAUGUGAAAGAGAUGGCGGAUAAGUUUCUCAAAAAGCCUUUUCAACUAUUGGCAACGCCAAUUUGUUUCGCAUUUGUUCUCCACUCUAGUUUCGUCUACGCUAUUGUCUAUAUUAAUCUGGGCCUAUUUCCGAUCAUGUUCCACGAUGUGAGAGGAUGGAGCCAAGUUGUAAGCAGCCUACCGUUCCUGGCUCUCAUGGUCGGAAUUACCUUUGGUGGUGUUUUCAAUUUGCAGGCUCAGAAGUUUUACCUUGGAAAAUUGGCCGCCAACGGUGGCCGUGCUGUCCCAGAGAGUCGCCUUUUACCCAUGAUGGCCGGCUCUGUCCUGCUUACAGCCGGACUCUUCAUCAUGGGCAACACAUCGAGUACGCAUUACCCCUGGAUUGCCCCGGCCAUCGCCGCAGUCAUGAUGGGAUUCUCCUUUUUCACAAUCUUCCAGUCGGCAUUGAGCUAUCUUGUAGACACCUUCCCGCAGCACGCGGCUAGUGCCGUGGCAGCAAAUACUUUUUUAAGGAGCAUGCUUGCAAGCAUAUUCCCUCCGAUCGUCUCUCGAAUCUAUAGCCGGGUCGGCGUGGUCUGGGCAACGAAUAUGCUGGGCUUUGUUGCCCUUAGUAUGGUACCUAUCCCGUGGAUUUUUUAUUACUUUGGCAAAGCUAUACGAGAAAAGGGAACCUGGUCUCGGGCAUCGUGCUAA